UCUCCUACAUAGUGCACUAUAAUCGGGUGUCGGCCAUUUUGUAGUGGACUCAAAUGUCAUUCGCUAUAUAGGGAUUAGUGAAUGAGUGAAUGAGGGAGCGAUUUCGGACACAGCUCAUCUCUCUCAAAGGCUCUGGAGCGCCCUAAGGUAGGAAAUGACGUCAGACCGAGCUCCGAAUUCCCACUUCCGAGAUAAACCGAAUGUAGCAUAAGUACUCUAAGUACCCCACCCGCAGAUUUCUGAGACUUUAUGCUCAAUGCAUUAACUUUAUACAGUUUCAACAACUUUCCUUACACCGGAAUGCACCGACUGACCGAAUAAUAUACUCGUUUACGCACGCAUUAUUCGUCCGUUCUUCUAACAACGCAUAUUUCGUUCAUCGCAUUUGUCUCUUAAUCGUAAACAGGCGUUAGACUACUACCUAGUGGUAGCUAACUAGCUAACGCUAUUGAAGCUAUUAACGAUGGUAAGCUUAAAGAAACUGUGAGCAGUCGUAUGACCUAGAUAUUUUGCCGGGGAAAUUCAAAACUACAUAAUGACAGGUAAAAUGUCAAAUGGCCUGUCUCCCCACCCCACAGACGUCGUUGUGUUAAACGUACCAGUUAUCCGGCAGCUGUACCACUGGGACUGUGGUUUGGCAUGUUCGAGAAUGGUAUUAAAAUAUCUACAUCCAGUGAGUGAAGAGGAGUUCCAGAGAGCUUGCUAUGAUCUGAAAUUGACAGAAAGCGUGUGGACUAUUGACCUCGCAUAUCUCAUGUGUCAGCUAGGCGUCAAACACUGUUUCUGCACACAAACGUUAGGGGUAGACAAGGGCUUUAAAAAACAGUCAUUCUACAAAAAGCAUUUUGAUACUGAAGAAGAUCGAGUAAAUGAACUCUUUCUGAAAGCAGAGAGCAGAGGCAUAGUGGUAAAGAAAUGCUCUGUGACUGUUCAGGAGAUCCAGGCUCAUCUGAACCAUGGACAUGUGGCCAUCGUGCUGGUAAAUGCUGUAGUGUUAAUGUGCGAACUCUGCUCCACUUCAGUCAAGUACUGCUGCUUUCUACCUGUGAAUCAAAAGUGUUUCUGCAGUACACCUGAUUACCAAGGUCACUUUGUGGUAGUGUGUGGAUUUAAUCGUACCACUGGCUGCAUCUUCUAUAACAACCCUGCUUAUUCUGACCGUGUAUGCUGCACUAGCAUUAGCAAUUUUGAAGAGGCAAGAAUGAGCUAUGGAACAGAUGAGGACAUUCUUUUCAUCUUCAAGGACAGCUGAUCACAGGAUGCACCUUUUUCUUUUGAGUCACGGUAAAGGAGCAGAUCUAGAGGGUUCACAGGCAUAGAGUGUUGUGGUGAAUUGGGAUGUUUGGAUGCUGUCAUCCCACACUUUCAUGUGUUCACCCAGGUUUGUUGAUGCUGGAGUGGUUGCCUGCCUCAUUUCCCAAGGUGCCCUCAUGUCUGUGUUACAUUAUGCCUCUCCCUUUUAGUUAUGCUGUCACAGCUAGUCUUGCCAGAGUCCCUGCUUGCACUCACGCAAAGUACAUUGUCCUUAACCAUUUACGGGACAAUAGGCAUACCUAAUAAUCUCUCCGUCUCUCUUUCUGUCAAGCUACACAUGAUACUUCUGAGACACCAGUGAUCCUGAUCCCUUCUGCUCUCCGGACCUGCCUGAUCCAUCCUGAUGCCCUACUUCUGGUUGGAGUUCUCAUCAAUUGGAAGUCACAUGCUGCUGCUGAGGAUGGCCCCACAUGGUGCAGCCUAAAGAUCAUUGAGAUUACCGAGGAUGGUACCACUUAAAAAUCAUAAAGAUGGCUUUGGACCUCAAUUCAUAUUAAAAGUUAUGCUAAGAUGGCUAGGACUACAAUUGCUAUUAUGGCUGUAGGACCGCAAUUGCCACAAACAGUUUUGAACUCAAGUCUCCAUCAGUGAACAAUGGAUAAGUUCAACAAAACAGACUUCACGUAAAAACUAUAAUGAAUUUUCCUGGGUGUACAACUGUACUAUUUGACCAAAUAGUGUUAGCAUGUUUAUAGAAGGGAUUUAUUUAUAAUCUAUUGUUACCCAGAUGAUGAUGGAUUCCCUUUUGAGUCUGGUUCCUCUCAAUGUUUCUUCCUCAUAUCCUCUCGGGGAGUUUUUCUUUGCCACCGUCACCUCUGGCUUGCUCAUUUGGGAUAAAUUCAUACAUUUAAAAUUUAUAUCCUGAAUUUAUAUAUUUCUGUAAAGCUGCUUUGGGACAAUGUCCAUUGUUAAAAGCUCUAUACAAAUAAAACUGAAUUGAAUUGAAUUUCUCCAAACAUAACACUUCUCAUUUAAACCAAAAAUUCACACAAAAUAUGCUUGUCUUCUGUGCAAGU